UUGGUUCACUAACCACAUCGCAGAACAUCCCCACGCUCCUGGCGUUCAGCGUCAUCCACGAAACCCCAGUUAUCAUGCAUCAGCUGACGUCCACUUCUUGUGAUGGAGAAUCAUCGGAGUAUCGUCGCUUCCUCCGCGGCUCGGCUGCCGGGCUUACACCCAAUGGGCAACCCGCUGGGUGAACUUCGGUCGCGCUUGGUACCAGGCUAGCCAUAUCGAACCGCGGCAUCCAAUGGUGUACAUCUUGCGACUCCACAGCUGGAGACAUCGCGGAAUUUCGGGCCAAAUCACCCGGCUAUUGAGGUCGCCAUGGCGUAUAAAGGCUACUGGCAAGCGUCGCCAAUGUCUGGCAGGUCGCGUAUAACCCUCGUUACAGCGUCGUUAGCCAUCUGCUCGUGGUUUCAUGGUCACGUUCGGGUUUUUUUCUUCCUCAAUCGAUACAUCUGCGGAUACCCAACAUGGAUGCAAACAUUGAGGAUAUUCUCCACACCCUGACCCUGGAAGAGAAGGUAUCUCUGCUUGCAGGGAAGGAUUUCUGGCAGACAGUACCGGUCCCGGAGAAGGGCGUCCCGGCAAUAAAGGUGUCUGAUGGACCGAACGGUGCCCGUGGCGAGACCUUCAGUGGUGGAACUCGAGCAGCAUGCUUUCCGGCUUCCUGCUGUUCAGCAUCCACGUGGAACCCUCAACUCAUCAGACAGGUUGGCCAUGCCCUUGCGGAGGAGACACAGACUAAGGGGGCUCGAGUAUUACUCGGGCCUACCAUGUGCAACCACAGACAUCCGCUUGGGGGGAGAAAUUUCGAAAGCUUUUCCGAAGAUCCGCUCCUUACCGGAAAGCUUGCUGCCCAAUACGUAAUAGGACUGCAAGAGAAGGGUGUGGCUGGCACCUGCAAACACUUUGCUGCGAACGAGCAAGAAACGGAUCGCUUGACGGUGAACGAGAUUAUAUCUGAGCGUGCUCUACGAGAGAUCUACUUGAAACCCUUUGAGAUUGCUGUCAAGGAAGCCAACCCUUGGGCUUUUAUGACUUCCUACAAUCAAGUUAACGGAAUCCACGCAGAUGCCAGCAAGUUUCUGUUGGAGAAGGUUCUCCGAGGGGAAUGGGGCUGGAAAGGCCUGGUGAUGAGUGACUGGGGCGGGACCAACUCCACCGCCGACUCUCUCAACGCCGGACUUGAUCUUGAAAUGCCAGGUCCCACGCGUCGUCGAACAUACAGAGAUGUCAAGGAUGCAAUCAAGAAUGGUGAAUUGACCGAGGAGACUAUUAACGACCGCACAAGAAAUGUUCUCGAGCUGAUCCGGAAGAUUGGGGCGUUCAAGAAUCCAGAGAUUCCUGCUGAACGAUCCGAAGAUAAGCCAGAGCACCGCAAACUUAUCCGAGAUGUAGGCGGACAGGGACUUGUCCUUCUCAGGAAUGAGAACGAUGUGCUUCCCUUGAAAAAGGACGAAGUAAAGGGCAAGAAGAUUGCGAUGCUCGGUCUUGCAAAAGAAGCUCUUAUUCAUGGUGGUGGAAGCGCUUCCUUACAUUCCCACUACCGGAUAUCACCCUGGGAAGGCAUGCAUAAUACCUAUGGAAAAGAUGUUGAGUUCAAAUUCGCCAAGGGUGCUCAUACAUAUCGCCUCUUACCUCCUCUUGCAACAGGAUGCACAGACUCGAAGGGUAAACCUGGAUGGACCCUUCAGGCCUUUGAGGCCGGGAAAGGUAGCCUACCUACCAUGACAAUCCACGGCCACAAAGAGGCCGCUUUUACCGGCCUGUUCAACGAAGAUGUGAAGUGGAAGGAUCUUGAAUUAACCACGACCUUCGUUCCUACUGAGACUGGUGAACACUACAUCGCAGGCUCUGGCAUUGGACCCACUCGCGUGAAGAUCAAUGGCAAAGUGGUGUUUGAACAGAAACACAGCACGAAUGACAGCAUGGGCUUUCUGUUUGGUGGCAAUCCCGAGACAGAGUUUACUUACUCUUUCACCGCAGGCCAGUCCUAUAGCAUCCGCAUCGAAUCUGAAGCGCCUGGUAAGGAAGGAUCGGACUUCGGUGGUAUCCUUGCUGGCAUGCCUGGGUUCCGACUAGGCUUCAUGUAUGCGAAAGAGCAUGAUGAGGACCUUGUCUCCCAAGCGGUGAACGUCGCUAAAGAGUGCGAUUACGCGAUCGUCUUCACCGGUCACACCCCGGUCUGGGAGACAGAAGGCCAAGAUCAAGCAGCUUUCCAUCUACCUAACAAAGAUCGCUCCCAAGACAAGCUCGUCGAAGCUGUUGCGGCUGCUAACCCGAAGACGAUCGUCGUCAACUCAACUGGAGUAGUUGUCGCCAUGCCAUGGCUCUCAAAGGUCUCUGCUGUGAUACAAGCAUGGUUUCUGGGCCAAGAGGCUGGAAAUGCUAUUGCAGACGUGAUUUCUGGAGCAGUGAACCCUUCUGGACGGCUUCCUGUAUCUUGGCCCAAGCAUAUUGAAGACGCUCCGGCACAUGGCAACUUUCCAGGCGAGAAGAAGGAUGGCCAGCUCACUGUAAAGUACGCGGAAGGUGUCUUCGUUGGGUAUCGCCAUUAUGACCGCAUGUCGCAAGACAAGGUCCAGUUUCCAUUCGGUUUCGGUCUCUCGUACACAACUUUCAGCCUCAAGGACGCCCGGGUCUCGCAAACGUCGAACGGCAAGUUCACAGCAGAAGUCACGGUUACCAACACUGGGAGACGAGCCGGCGCCACUGUUGCACAACUCUACAUCGGGAGGAGCAAGCAAUCCUCUGAGCAUCCCAUCAAGACACUGGCUGCAUUCAAGAAGGUAUUUUUGGAUGCUGGAACAAAAGAGCAGAUCACGCUUUCGAUAGAUCUAAGAGAUUUCGCCUACUUCGACCAGACAAGCUACAAAUGGAAAGUUGACAAUGGGCGGUACGACUUUUCCUUUGGCCAGUCCACACAGCACAUCGAAAAUGUUGUCAGCGUAGAUAUUGAAGGAGCCAGCCGAGAGCUGAAACUUUAGGGCUCAUAGAUGUGAUAAUGAUAAUGAUAAUAUCUACCUUGCU